ACAGAAGAGGUUGCGGCGGGGGGCCAAGCAGGAGAGAGCACUCCGGACCACCAGACCCGGACCCCUGCCUGGGUCUGACCACCCAGAAACGCUGCCCCAGCCCGCAGGCCCCACGGGGUCCUGUCCCCUGGGGACCGGCUAGAAUCCCCUGGAAGCUGGGGCAAGGGGGCGGCACGCCUCGAGCUCUACUUGUUUGUAUAGCUCCAGCUUCUCCUCCCGGAACAACAGACAGCGAACUUACCAGCCAACACCCUUUAAACUCACAAGGCAAGAAAGAGAUCCUCUGCAAACUCCACACAGACCCUGGGAACCCAGCAGGACCUGGCACCCACCACCUCAGGAAGCUUCUGGACAGUCCCCCAGGGAGUUUGGUAAGCUUUGAAAAUGGAGCCAGGUGGGGGAUCUUCAAUACCCUCCUGUUCCUUUGCCACCCAGGAGGGGGCUGGCAGUGUCUCCCUGAAGCCGCCUAAUGCAGAGCUGGAGAAGCUCCGGGUGCUCCCCACUGGGCCUGGAGCACACCAUGAAGACCCUGCCACUGGGGACGCUGGAAGCAGACCUACUAUGGGGGAUGGCACCCGGGACACAGACCCCACAGGGAAACCAAGCGGUGACAUCAAGAUCCCUAAUAGGGAUAGUGGGAUUGAAAGCCCAUCCAACAGCGCAGCGGAGGAUCACUUCCCUUGUGAGGAGGGCAAGGAGAUGCGCCCAGGCCCCACUGUCCUGGGGCUGCACCCUGACAAGGACGUGGGUGAGAGCAACACUGAGGAGCCUGACCUUGAGAACAACUCCCCUAAGGCCCAAGUGGACCCAGCCGAGUGCCCUGAGCCCCAGAAGCUGCUCCACAUUGCCCAGGAGCUCCUGAACACUGAGGAGACCUAUGUGAAGCGGCUGCACCUGCUGGAUCAGGUUUUCUGCACGAAGCUGACAAAAGUGGGGAUCCCUCAAGAAGUCAUCACUGGCAUCUUCUCUAACAUCUCCUCCAUCUAUCGUUUCCACGGGCAGUUCCUCUUGCCUGAGCUGCAGAAACGCAUCACACAGGAGUGGGACACAAAUCCCCGACUUGGGGACAUCCUGCAGAAGCUGGCCCCAUUCCUCAAAAUGUAUGGGGAAUACAUGAAGAACUUUGACAAAGCCAUGGAGCUGGUGAGCACCUGGACCCAGCGCUCACCAAUUUUUAAGAACACUGUCCAGGACAUCCAGAAGCUGGAGGUGUGCGGGAAUCUGACGCUGCAGCACCACAUGUUAGAGCCUGUGCAGAGGGUCCCUCGCUACGAGCUGCUGCUCAAGGACUACCUGAAGAGGCUUCCGGCCAACGCCCGGGACCGGAAGGACGCAGAGAGGUCCCUGGAGCUCAUCUCCACAGCUGCCAACCACUCCAACACCGCCAUUCGCAAAAUGGAGAAAAUGCACAAGCUCUUGGAGGUGUAUGAGCGACUGGGAGGAGAGGAGGACAUUGUCAAUCCUGCCAAUGAGCUGAUCAAGGAGGGCCACAUCCUGAAGCUGUCGGCCAAGAACGGCACUGCCCAGGACCGUCACCUCUUUCUGUUCAAUAGCAUGAUUCUUUACUGUGUACCCAAACUGCGGCUUAUGGGUCAGAAGUUCAGUGUCCGAGAGAAGAUGGACAUUGCGGGGCUCCAGGUGCAGGACAUGGUCAAGCGCAACGCAGCCCACACAUUUGUCAUAACGGGAAAGAAGAGGUCCCUGGAGCUACAGACUCGGACGGAAGAGGAGAAGAAAGACUGGAUUCAGGUUAUUGAAGCCACCAUUGAGAAGCAUAAGCAGAACAGCCAGACUUUCAAGGCCUUUGGCUGCUCCCUGGGCCAGGAGGAGGACCCUACUCUCACCCCAGACACUCCUGUAGUGAGUGCCAGCUCAGAGGAGUACGCAGUGGUGAUCGAUGGUGGAGCAGGUGCUGCAGGGCUUGAGCCCAGGAAAGGGUCCUCUAAGAUUAGACGUGACAAGGAGAAGCAAGUCUGCAGGAGCUGUGGGGAGACGUUCAACUCCAUCACCAAGAGGAGGCACCGCUGCAAGCUGUGUGGGGUGGUCAUUUGUGGGAAAUGCUCUGAGUUCAAGGCUGAGCUCGGCAGGCAGAGCCGAGUCUGCCGAGAGUGCUUUCUCAUCCAGUCAGCGGCUUCUGCAAGUCCCAGCCCUGAAGAGUCCACAGACCCAAAGCAGAGGACUGAGAGGCCAGCCACUGAAGACUCCCAACCCAACCUGCUCUGUGGCCCCCUGCAAGUGUCAGAUGACGGAGUGACCUGGAGUGAGGUGUGGGCCACCAUUCCCACAGUGGAGCGCCUGGAACUUGUGCUGUGCCUGCAGGAAGGAAACCAGGACAACCAGCCGCCCUGCACCAUCCCGCUCUCAGGCUGCAAGGUGAGCCUGCCAGACCCCAAGGAGAGGCUGGAUGCAGGACAUGUGUGGAGGCUGCAGCAGUCCCAGCAGUCCUGGUACCUGAGAGCUUCAUCUGCAGAUCUGCAGCAGCAGUGGUUGGAGGCCCUGGGCAUUGCUUCCCCCGGGGAUCUGGCCCAAGCCAACUCUGGGGGCCCUUAACUCCAGGGCCCAGGAACCCUGUAAGCUGUCUUGACUGUGUCUCCCAGCCCUGUGGCCACUAAAUGGAGUCACUGUGCACCUGGGAGAAUUGUCAAAGGUCACCUCCUAGUGAGGAGGGUGCUGGAUCACCGAGAGGCCUACAAUCACCAGGAACUUGGCUUUGGAGAGUCUCUCCACUCCAGAGAAGAAGAAACUGAGGCCCGGAGAGGGCAGCUUCCCUCCAGGACCACAUCAGGAAAGUGUGCUUCUACCUGUAUGGCAGAGCAAGUUUAAGGAGACUAAGAUAACCCUGUCUCAGCAGGGCUUUGGGAGUCCUGGCUCUCAGAGGCAGACAGAGGAUCGGAGGCCAGGUCCAGGGUCAGAACUGUCCCAUAGACCUCCUGUCUGCUGCUCACCGUCUAUGCUGUCUACACCAUGUGAACUGAAGGGGCUGAAAUUCCCUGCCGCCGCUGUCAUCUGCCCUCUGCUCUCCUGGCUGCCCCUGUAGGUGACCCAAAGGAGGACAGAUCGUUCCUAAAUAACCAUGCUUGAGACGCCACUGGAGGCCCACCCAUUCACAAGGGGACAGUGAGGGAGACGUGCAUCCCUCUUGAAGGCAGAGUGCUUGUGCGCCUGA